CUAACUCGCUGCUGAGCAAAAUGGACGCCUUUGUGUCUGUUUUCCUCGUAUUCACACUAUAAAUACUGUUUUCCCUGCGAUGCAUCACCUUUGACAUGGCGAUGUUUACGCGGUUUUGCGAGAAACGUAAGUGAAAGUCGUGACGUGCCGCGGAUCAAUGUGCAUUCCUUGGUGAUCGACGAGAAAAGGCGUCCAACCAAAUAGGCCAGAACCACGGAUGACAAUUGAGUGAAUAUCUCUGACGACGGAAACUUUUUCGAGCAGACCCGUACGAACUGGGACCGUUGUUUUGGCGGACAUGUAAAUAUCGGCGGGCCACACACGUCGAGCAACACUGGAAUGUUGGAUAUCGUUACGCCUCCCGCCAAAAUUCCACUCGCUGCUCGCAUUCUGCAGUAUAAAUAAUCGGCUGCGGACAGCUAGCAGAAUUGAGCACACCUGGGAAGUUUCCAGCCAGUAGCAUCCUCCUUAAGGCCAUGUUAUCAUAUAUAUGAUGUUGGAUGGUAGAUACUCGACAACUGGAGGUAAUAAUAACAGCUUUAUGUGGUGAUAGUGAGCCAACCGUUCUAUGUUAGAUGAACACUUUCUGUGAAAUUGUCCGGACAACGCAAAUGAGGAUUAGGAUUAUUAAAGGAAAUACGGAGAAGAAAUUAUUACUAACAAUGGACCGUUUGUUGGAGGAUCCACGUGCUUCAUCAAAAUUUGGUUGAUAAUUUCUAAUACAUCAUGGGAACUUAAAAGAGACUUCGUUAAGUUCCCAAUAUAUGCCUUAGUGCUAGUGUUCUUUAAUAAGCGUUAGAUAUAAUUCUGCUUGACAGUGAAAUAUCUCUUAUGUCGGAAUGCCUUGAAAAUGCGAGUGUAAACAUUUUAACAAUGAUUUCUUUAAGCAUUCGUGGAAACAGUGCAUUUAGAUAUGUUCUGUUGAUUUAUAUUUAUCACAUACUGUGAAUAAGACUUUUCCUAAUAUGUCAGUGCAGUGUUUGUUACGUUGGAUAAUUCUAUGAACCUCAGAGUACGCAUAAAGACACUGGAUCUAAUUUUAAUAAUAUUUUUUGUCCAGGCUGUAAUGCCAGAACAAGUCAAAUUCAAGAUGAACGGGGUUAUACCGAGUGUGCCAAUCACAACUCUCGCUGGUAUCGCGAGUCUCACUGACUUGUUACCUGAAAUGCCCCUUCCAACACCGCUGCCUCAGACUCUAACUAACAAGUCCCUUUUAUUUCAUCCAAGAGUGGCAGAGGAAGCACAAAUAUUGUUAAGUGUUCGCAAUGAAAAUUUAGUGCCGCAGUUAAUAUUAUCUUUAUCUCAAACCUCAUCUGAUCACAUUGAACUGAAAGAUAAUUAUGCAAAUGCAGAACAGCCUUUGGAAACCGAGCAAAAUACUCCGGAGUUACUUAAGGCAAUUUUACAAAUAAAUCCGCAUGUGUUUAAGGGCCCUCAAUACAAUUCACCGCGAAACUGGGCCCAAGGCACACCUAUGAUGCACACCAAUCAAACAUCCGCUAAUUACGGGCGAUUUUCACCAUCCUACUCGAGUUCUUCAGGGUCGAGACAAACACCUCAAGGUAGUCCAGCUCAUCCUGCUGCUGCUAGAACAGUGCUAGCGCCGCCCACAGGCAUAAACCCCCUACCCAACAUGACCCCGCAGCCAAAUAUGUAUUCUCCGGCACAUAUGAGCUCUCCUGGAACGCCGUUAACGACUCUCGGUAAUGUAACACCUCAGCACCACAAUAUGGCUGGUAUGACGCCUCAACAUAACAUGCAUAUGGCAUCUCCUAUGCGUGCUAAUAUACCUUUGCAACAACAUCAGCCCAUUAAUAUCCAACAAAAUAUGUACGAUCCUUUAAUGAAUCAACAAGUACAUCAUCCAUUAGGGAAUCACCAACCAAUGGACAUAGACAGUACAGUGCAAGAAAAUCAGCAAUUUUUGCUCGAUCCAGUCACAGGUCUUCCCGAUAUCGAUAUACCGAUUGAAAAUAUCGAGGCGAAACAACAGAAUAUGGAUAACGCAACGCAACAUCUGUUAUCCACGACGCAAACCACAUCUUAUCCAAACAUGGACACCAACAAUAUGGUAAACACGUUGAACACCACUACAGCGCCAAUGAUACAACAUCAACAGAAUAAUAAUUCAGAGAAGGGGAUGAAAAUGUCUGGUUCAUUGCCGGAGAAGUUGAAAGAGCCCAUUGUGAUGCUGGACAGAUUAUCCUUGGCAGAUCAGGCUCUGAUGCAGAAGAGUUUAACUGCGUUCGCCGAGAAGUCGCCGAGUCGGGCCGCGAAGAUGGGCAUUUCUAAUCGCGAGGACGUGAAGUCCGACUCCGAGAGCGAAGAGGAAAUCGGUAAGAACAACAAAUAUUUCAAAGCGCGCGCGAAAGAGCGUCAAGUUCAAAGGGAAAAGGAGAAAGCCGAGAGGAAGAAAAGCGACGACAAGACGCGUAGACGAAAAAGGGUAACGGACGACGACGAGGAGGAGGACAAGAAGGAAGUUUUCUCACCGACGAAACCAAAAAUCCGGAAGAUAGAAAAGAAACUCGUUCCUGUUUUGGCUAAGCUUAGCGUGGAGGAGCUAAUGGAAACAAAUACGUACCAGCGUUUCAACACGACCAUAGAAACGAUAUUCGAAAACACAGAAGACGUAUCAACCAAUGCCGAAUUAGAAGACGACGGUGAUGUGCCUCCAGAAUUAUUAAUUCCUAAAUAUCAAUUGCACGAUCUGUGCACGGAAGCGGCCAAGCUGAAAGCAUUAGGGGCGAUGGAGUCAAUUCCAGCAGACAGACUGGUCAGACUGUUGAAUAUUUUGGAGAAAAAUAUUCGAGACGGGGCCAAAGUGUCUCCGCUGGCAGACCCGGACGACGAUGUCGAUGAGAGUCGAUUAUGGACCCAGUUGGCCAUGGAAAGAGUUCAGCGCGCCGUGGACGCGUCCUUAAUUGCGCUGCACAUAAUGACGUCUAGCAAUAUGCCAAAAAUGGUCUACUUAGAGGACGUGAUCGACCGAAUAGUCCUUUUCAUGAAGUUUCAGUUGCAAAAUACUAUUUACCCUUCAUUCGAUCCAGUUUACAAGAUAGACACGAAGAAUAAGACUGACAAUUAUAAUUCUAGUGGUCGUAAGAAGAGAGGUCACAUGAAAGAGGUCCGCGAAAAAAGUAUUCUCCAGGUGUACAAUAAAAUGCACGAAUUGGUUGGCCUCCUUGCUGAAUUAUUAAACAUUCAGGUUCUGACAGACACUAGUGUCCUUCAUGCCUCUACAUUGGGCGUUGCGCCAUUUUUCGUCGAAUCUGUUAGCGAUCUUCAAUUGAGCGCGUUAAAAUUGGUCACUGUAAUAUUUACCAAGUACGAGAAGCAUAGGAGAUUGUUGUUAGACGAUAUUUUGGCAUCCAUAGCGCGACUUCCUAGCAGCAAAAGGAGCUUGAGAACGUACAGGUUAAAUUCAGAGGAUCACAUACAGAUGCUGACAGCGUUGGUCCUACAGUUGAUUCAAUGCGUUGUCGUUCUAUCUGACAAUGUCCUGCCGCAACAGAAGAAAUCGCAGGAGGACGAGGAGAGGAAAGAAGAGAAGAAGCCCAAUUACGUGGACGCGGACGUUCUGAUCAUAAACAAAUACGAGACGGCCACCAGAAUAGCAGGGAAUUUUUUAACAGUGUUCCUGAACAAGUGUGGAAGCAAAGGUGAGGAAAUCGAUUACAGGCCGCUGUUCGAGAAUUUUGUGCAGGAUCUGUUGGCCACUGUCAAUAAACCGGAAUGGCCAGCAGCUGAGCUACUCCUCAGUUUACUUGGAAAUCUGUUGGUGGGUCAUUUUUCCAAUAAGAGUUCCGACAUGGCGCUUAGAGUAGCCUCCAUAGACUAUCUAGGCGUCGUGGCGGCCAGAUUGCGAAAAGACGCGGUAAGCUCUCAAUGUAAGUUAUCUACCAUUGAUCAAAUUAUAAAGGAUAUCAAAAUUGAGCAGCAAAAGGACUCUGACUACGACCAGGUGAAAGAUAAAGAGAUAGUUGGUCUGAGCGAAGAUGAGGAGCGGACGGUUUUUUUACAGAAAGUACUUCUAGAUUAUUUGGCUGUAAACGGAACCAAGGAUUCUGCGCUGGGCUAUGCUCGCCAUUUUUAUCUGGCACAGUGGUACAGGGACUGUGCGUUGGAAAAGACCAAGGUUGGCCAGACAAAGAAUAGCCCGAGCAAGAAGAUACACAAGAAGAGGGUGAAAAAGAAGAACAAGCAUCACUCGAGCGAUCAGGAUUCAGAGUCAGAGUUGGACGAACCGGAUGCCGAUGAGAACGACAAUAACGAACAGAAAAACUCAGAGGCGUACAGAAUCAUAGAAGAGAAAAAGAAAUACAUUAUAAGUAGAAUAAGGCCGUACAGUACUGGCACGAAACCGGAUAUCCUUCAAACCUAUAUCGAUUAUAAUUCAGCGGAGCUGAUAUCGCAGUAUCUCGCAUCGAAAAGGCCGUUUUCACAGAGUUUCGAUCGAUACCUGAAGCAGAUUCUGCACGUGCUCACCGAGUCGUCCAUAGCGAUCAGGACGAAAGCUAUGAAGUGCCUGACGAUGAUCGUCGAGGCGGAUCCGAGCGUUUUGGCGCGGGUGGACAUGCAGCUGGGCGUGAAGCAUUCGUUUCUAGAUCACGCAACGUCUGUGCGCGAGGCGGCCGUCGAUCUGGUAGGAAAAUUUGUAUUAAGUAGGCCCGAAUUAAUAGAUAAGUAUUACGACAUGCUGUCAGCUAGAAUCCUAGAUACCGGUGUUAGCGUCCGUAAGCGUGUGAUCAAGAUUCUGAAGGACAUCUGCAUGGAGUGUCCCGACUUCCCGAAGAUACCGGAGAUCUGCGUGAAGAUGAUCAGGCGGGUGAACGACGAGGAAGGUAUUAGAAAAUUGGUGAUGGAAGUGUUCCAGAAUAUGUGGUUCACGCCGGUCAGAGAACGUCCCACGUUGGAUUCCGAGUCCCUGUUGAGGAAGGUUAUGAAUAUCACAGACGUCGUGGCAGCUAGCAAAGACAUGGGUCUGGAGUGGUUCGAACAGCUGCUGGUUAGCUUGUUCAAGCCCAAGGAGGACAAAGACGAUAGUACAAAGAUGCUAACCGAGCCGCCGAAGGCACUGUUGACCGCAUGCAAGCAGAUCGUCGACUGCUUGAUCGAGAACGUCCUUCGGCUGGAAGAGACGAAUCUGGAGGAGUCUGAGAAAUCAGAGAAGAAAGGAUCCUCUCAGAGAUUGGUCGCUUGCUUGACAACCCUGUAUCUCUUCGCGAAGAUACGGCCGCAGUUGCUCGUGAAUCACGCGAUCACGUUACAGCCUUAUUUGAGCUUGAAGUGUCAAACACAGGGCGACUAUCAGAUCAUCAGCAGCGUGGCUCACACGUUGGAAUUGGUCGUGCCGUUGAUGGAACAUCCGAGCGAAACUUUUUUAGCGCAGCUCGAAGAGGACUCGGUUAAAUUAAUCUUGCAACACGAUAGGUCAGUCGUUGCCAGCUGUCUCUCCUGUCUAGGCUCUAUAGUGAACAACGUAACUAGAAAUUUUAAAUUAAUACGAGACUGUUUUAAGAAAUAUUACGGACAUCUGACUGAGUACAAAUCCUUCUACGAGAAAGAUCCUACGAAUCCUAUGCUCUUGAAGUAUCGACCGUUUGUCAGAAGGGCGUUGUUCACCGUUGGCUUGUUGCUUAGGCACUUCAACUUCACCGACCCCGAGGUGAUCGAGGGACUGGCAGAGAAUAUAAAAGACCAGGUAUUUGAAACGUUAAACUAUUUCGUACAUCUGGACAACGACGACAUUCGACACUUCACUUUAUCAGCCAUUGGUUCUCUAUGUAUCCGCCAUUAUGAAUUUAUGUUGCUCCCCGAGUUAAAGGAAUUGUACCAUCAUUUGCUCACAUCGGAGAACGCCUUGGUUCACAUGAGGAUUCAGGUCCUAAACAAUAUCGAGGUUUACUUGCAAGAGGAAGACAAACGGAUGAUCAAACAGGAUAUGGAGUGGGCGAAGAUGUCCAAACAGGAGAACCUGAAGGAAAUGGGAGACGUGUCGUCAGGAAUGGCUAGCACGGUAAUCCAGUUGUACGUAAAAGAGAUCCUGGAAGCUUUUCUGCACGCGAACAUCAGCGUUAGACACGCGGCGCUGAAGGUGAUCCAGUUGAUCCUUGCCCAAGGUUUGGUCCACCCGGUCCAAAUAGUUCCCUAUUUGAUCUGCAUGAGCACGGACUGCGAAAAGGCAGUCAGUCACAGUGCGGACAAGCAGCUCCAGGAUAUCGAGAAGAAGUAUCCAGGCUUUAUCCACAUGAAGUCCCAGCUGGGCAUUAAGCUGAGCUAUCGACUACAGAAGAUCCUGCAAAAUGACAUGACGGUAAGGGGAAUGCGAGUGAAGGACGGCGAGUUCCCCGGCGCGCUAAACGGCUUUCUGUACACUAUUCUGCGAAACACGAAACAACAAAGGCGAGCCAUCGUCCUGUCCUUCCUGAAGCAGUUCGACGAGUCUGCGAAAACAAGCUUAUCGCAGAUGCUCUACUUGGCCGACAAUCUCGCUUAUUUUACAUAUCAAGUGCAAGACGAGCCUCUGUUCAUUAUCCAUCACAUCGACAUUAUCAUCUCGAUGUCCGGUACAAAUUUAGUGCAGUCGUUCAAGGAAGCACUGUUGCCGAAGGAAGGUAGCAGCCAGUCUCAAUUGCAUCAUCAACAGCACCAGCAGCAGCAGCAGCAGCAACAACAUCAGACUCAUUCGACUCUGGGACCGGACGGGCAACCACGACCGGAACAGCUGUUGUCAGCGCUCGAAGACGAGGAGGACGACGAAGAGGACGAGGACGCCCUGUUGGCUAGAUUACCAGGUGACACGACGUUGCUGAGGGACUACAUCACCGCCAGCCAAGGCUUCCUGCUGCUGCUCACGUUGAGGCAGCACCUGAAGGACCUGUACGGCUUCUCCGACCAAAAGAUCGGCCAGUACUCGCCGACGGAGGCGGCGAAGGUGUACGAGAAGGCGGUGAACCGUAAGAGCAACUUGCUGUUCAAACCAAAGGCUACCCUGCAGCGGCUGAAGGAGGGCGUGAACAACGCCGAGCUGGACGCCGACGGCAGGAAGAAGCUGGUGAAAGAGUACUUAGACUUCAAGCAGUUGAUGCUGAAGUUCGACCUGGAAGAGCCGGAGGAGGAUGGGAACGAAGGCGACACGAGCGGCGGUGGUAAGCACACCAUGGACAUUAAGAUGACGAACUCCGACACGGACGUGAAGAUGACGCACGUAGGCAUAGCGAAUCCUCAGGUGGUUAACCAGUAUCCUGGCAACCUGAACUCGUCGAUCGAGCACCCGAACAAUUCGGUGAACUCGAUGGCCACCGGCGGGCCGAUGCCGGUCGCCAUGGCGAUCGACCCGGCCCCGCAGGCCCCGAUGAACGUCGCGGCGUCGCAGAUGGCCGCGCCGCGUGUGCCCAAGCUGACGAUACACGCGCACCACCAGGAGGGCGCGAAAGAACACCGCAAGCAUCGGGCGCACAAAACCGAGAAGAUCAAGAAACACAAGAAGAAGAAGAGGAGAAGAAUCUCCGACAGUAGCGAGAGUGGCGAGGACUACAGUGAUCCAGACUUUCUAGUGUGAGUGCGGUGGUGUAUGCCCGCGCUUAACGUGUACAUAUAAUUACGUUACUACGUACGAGAACCUCUAAAAUACUACGAUAACUUGGACGCGUGUUUCGCGUGGUUGAUGAUGUGCGUGCUCUGGUGUGCGUGGCAGCGGCGUCUAUUUUUUUCUUUUUCUUUUUCUUUUUUUUUGUCUUUUCUUUUUUUUUCUUCUUCUUCUUCUUCUUCUUCUUGGUGCGUUUUCGUGUCGGCCGUGGAUGUAGUAGGCGUUCCUUUUUCUCUUCUGUUCUUUUUUUUUUUUCCUUUUUUUUUUUUUUUUUUUUUUUUUUUUUUUUUCCUUUUUUUUUUUUCUUUUUUUACGUAAAUGGAAUUCGAACACACACCUACGUACACGUACACGUACAGACACACACACAUACACGGAUACAAUGAUAAAGAAGGAGAGAAAGGACAGAAAAAAAUAUAAAUAUAUAGAACAUAUAUGUAUGUAUGACGCUAAUGUUAUAGGAAGUACCAGUGCCGGACGCUCUGAAAUCGCGGCGGACUCCCAUCGAAACACAGAAACGGACUGAAAUUACUUUUAACAAAAAAAUUCAGUGCGGGUAUGAAACGACGCAAAAUAACGAGAGUAUAAUGGAGUAUAAUGAAUUAGAAACGAUGCUGAUCUGUAUAGAGGACGGUGGUGCUUUGCGGAAAUGCGAAUUGUAUGAUCCUUGUUUGCUGAUUUGACUCGAUUGAAAGGGAGCGAGAGAAAAUGGAAAGAAUGCUUUGAGUUUUAAGUAUUGAUCGUCUCCGUACGAUCCGUUAGGGUUAUUUCGUUGGCUAGAACACACACACACACACACACACACACAGACACACAUACACGUGAAUGCGUGCAUUAAGAUUUUCUUAGUCCAUAUUCGAACUGUUCGAAACGUAGAUCGAUAAAAGGAUGGAACUUGGUUCAGUCGCGAGUCGUAAUCGAACAACGCUUCUGUUGUUCGAUUAUUUCCUAGUUUCUUCUCUUCUUUUCUUUUCGUACGUGGGGAUUUGCAAUUCCUCUGCAGAAAAAAAUUUUUUGUUCCUUUUUCCUUCUUCUUUCUCGACCCGUGACCAUUACGAAGCUUACGUUCAAAUAAAAAAAAAACGAAACGAGAGGAAUUUUAUUUUAUACGAUCCUUGAGACUUAAAAGAAGAAAAUGAUUUUUUUUUUUUUUUCAGUUCACGGAAGACACUCGCGUAAGAAUAUUAACGAGAAGAAAAUCACAAAGUACGUCUGUAUGCAUAAUUUUGAUCGGAUCGGAUUAAGAUAGAGAAAUAUAUCUCGAACCAAGUUCCCAAUUUCACAGAGGGAGCCCGAGUGAAAAUUCUUUUUUUUUUUUAUUUUUUUAUUUUUGGAACACGUUUUUUGUCAGUGUAAAUAACAUUGAAUAAUUGCAACAAGAUCGAUGCGAGAUUUUAAUUUCCUUUUCACGGAAAAAGACGGAGAGACAAGUAUUGGAUGAUGACGGGAGGGUUUGAAUUUUUGCCGAGAAAUAUUGGUAUUGUAAGUUUUUGUUUCGAAAUCUUACUCUUAUCAAAAGUGAGAGAGAGAGAGAGAGAGAGAAAAGAAAAGAAAACUCGGAAGAAACAACGAGAAAGAGAGAGAGAGAGAGAAGCCAACAACAGCAACAAAUAAAAGAAAAAGACGGAAAAGAGCAAAUCAUGAGAGAAAAGAGACAAGGAAAGAAUCCGUUUAGGCUUGCUCCGCAACAAUGUAUUAUAGAGAAGUGUGUAGUUAAGAGAAGAUUAAACGAAAAGAAAACAAGAAAAAAGAAACAAAAUGAAAGAAAACAGAAACACAUUGCCUAUGCAUUAUGAGAGAGAGAGAGAGAGAGAGCGCGCGCGCGAGAGAGAGUGCGAGAGCGAGAGAGAGAGAGAGAGAAACAAAAAAAAACCGUUGUUUGUAAUAUCUGUACAUACAAAUUUCAAGUAAAGUAUCUUAUUUUCUUACAAACUAUAUAGCGAUGACAUUACGAAAGAAUACUUAAAAUUUUGUUGUAAUAUUAAGUAUUUAUUCAGAACUCAUGUUGUCCCAAUAUAGUUUGCUUUAUGCACACAACUCGUCUUUUCGUGGUAAUUGAACAAGCAAACAAACAAACAAACAAAAAAAAAAGAAAAACUAUCGUUUUUAUACAAGCUUAGAGGUAAACGAAACAAAAGCAGAAAACAAAACAAAAAAAAAAAAAAAAAAAAAGAAAAGAAAAGAAAGAAGAAAGUGUAGAACGAAAAGACAGAGAAAGAGAGGAAGAGGAAGACGAAGAAGAGAACGAAGAGUUAAAAGGAAAGAAAACCAUCUGGUUAUCUAUUCGACUGUGAAAAUGAACGAGGUUAUUAUUCGUGCGCUGGAUGGUGGUGGAAGGAGAUAGAGAGAACAAACGAAGAACCAGGAAGAAAAACCAAACAACUGGGAGAUCCGUGAAAAUGUACGAUGAAGGGAGGACCUCGACGGAUCGCGUAGCACUUCCGCGCGACUCGUUUUCUUCGUGAUACGCCGCACGCGAUUUUCGUCUGUCCAGGACCGAGCGUACUACGGCGUUAGUCGAAAAUUGGCGUUAUAAACAUUUCUCUCAUCGAUCGUCCCUGACUCGGGAACCAACCGUGCAGCUGUGAUCUUUUAGCGAUACUAUCUUUCGUGGGGACACACACAAGGUGUAAUUCGUCUCUUUUAUACGUUUAUAGAAAGUCCAUCGGCCAUCAUCGACACGCAAGCGAGAGUUUCAUCGAGAGAAAAAGCAGAGCAGUUUUACGAAUUUGCCUCGUCGUCCUGGAUGGUCGAACGUCACGUUCAAAACAUGUUGUCACGCUCGCAUGUUUCAUAAAUAUUUCAGACACCGUAGACUCGGUCUAGCGAGGUCGUUCAAAGAUUAUAAAUCACGCACCGAUCCGAGUCUUCAUCGAAGACGAAUCGAACAUUGCGUACAUCAUCGUCCAUACUGUUUUAGAUCGCUAGCUUGAAGCGUUUUGUGUCCCGACUAGGACACGAAGGGAACGAGUCGAUUGGUUUGGAACAGGAACUCGCUGCGUGAUCCGUGCGAGCCAGCUCUGGUUUGCCGAUCAAAAGAUGAAAGGAAUGAAAGGAUAUGAGAGAGAGAGAGAGAGAGAGAGAGAGAGAGAGAGAGGUUUUUUUCACUUUCAACGUGGAUCAUCCUUUUCGUCCUGCGAGAACGUUACCAUCAUUUUACGAUCAUUUGUUGCAUUUACGGCUGGUCGUUCAUUUCUUGCGAUGGAAUAAAAAACGACGAGAGAAAGAAAAGAAAAGAAAAGAGAAGAGAAGAGAAGAGAAGAAAAGGAAAGAAGAUGAGGGAAGCGGAAAAAUUGUUGGCCGUUGAAACGGAUCUUUAGAUAGAGGACGAACGAUCGCGAAACGAACAGAAUGAUCUAUUAGGUGAUAAUGAACGCUUCUUUCGUUUUAAUCUCGAUUUAAAAACUAGCACUUUAUUGGGGCCCAGAUGUACAUUCAUCUCUAUAUCUCAUCAAUAAAUCUGGCAGCAAAAGAAGUAUGGAAUUCAUUCGAUUAGUUGUUAAGAGUCUCGCGAGAGAUGCACGUUGAUUGCACGAGUUCUCGCCCGUUUUCAAUUAACGGUGAAUUAACGGAACGUGUCACGUUCGUCGUCGUCGACCCGUGAAAAUGAGCAAUUCGCGUGCAUUUCUUGCACUUCUAGAUUAGCCGAAACGUUCUCGAGAACCAAUCGCGCGGCGAAUCCCUUUAGAGAUCCAAAAGUCGAACGAUUUGUUGAAAAGAAUGAAAAAAAGAACAGUGACUUUCCGGUCCGACAUUGACGCCGCAUAUUGAUUCCAGGAACAUGCACGAGUCGCGUGAUCGAUCGCGUUCCCCUUUCGUCUUGGAGCCAUUGGACGACGCGAUUCUUCACUGAAACCGACGAAAUCGAUCUCGAUUCCAGAUGGAGGGAUCUCGUGUCCGAAUUCUUUACCGUCCCCUGAACCGUGUGCAAUGCUAGAAAUUAGAGAAAACUCCAAGCGUCGAAGUCACUGAAACGAACGCGCUGUUCCUGGCAUUUUGAGAGGAUGAGAGAUAGAGAGAGAGAGGGAAGGGACACGUGGAUUUUUCGAUCGUUGGAAAUGGCGUCGCGGACUAUUCGAUGGAUCCUGGUUGUUCGAUCGAUCGACAAGAAAGCAAAAAACCGAGAGAGGAGAAAUAGAGAAGAGUAGAGAGAGAAAAGAAGAAGAGAGCAAUCGAACACACAGAUACACACACACACACACACACAUACACAAACACGCUUGUUGCGCCUACAGUUAGUCGCGCGCAGAAGAGAGAAAGAAUGAAAGGAAAUAGCGGAUAGAGUUGGGAGAGGGGAGGUAACGGAAUGGAUGAGGCAACGCGUCUGAGAUUAUCGAUGACAAAUAUUGUUAGAGAGGGAGAUGUCCAAGUGACUGAACUAAAUCGUAGCGACGAAACAGAGAGGAAGAUCUUCGACCUGUACAAAUGUUCAAGUGUGUACAUAUUUAUUAUAUUGGGAAGGGAAACGAGGAUGUAUUGGGAGAGGAAAGGAAAGGAAAGAGAAAAAUGUCGGAUCUGAUGGUUCUUGUUGCGAGGAUGGAUGAGGAGAGAACGAGGAGAGGAUGAAUAGACGGUGUUGUGUGCGCGCGUAUGGAAUGUAAGAAGAAAGGUGAGAGAGAGAGAACAUACGUUGAUAUGAUAUAUGGAUGAAUGAGACGGGGAGCUGAAAGCAUUUCAUUAAACACUUUAUUGUUCGUUGUAAUAAACUUCUAGAGAAUACGAUUAUUGAAGAGAGAAAGAGAGAGAGAGAGAGUGAGAGUGAGAGAGAGAAGAAUUUUAAACGGUUAUAUUUCUUUGUGCAUAUAUACAUAUGUAGACUGUCAUAUAUGUGUAUAUAUACGCAGCUCGGAAAGAAACAAAAAUCGAAGGAAUUACUACUAUUGCUAUAAUGUGUGGCGUUUAAUUCGUAAAACGAAGCGAGGAUGUGAAUUGACGUGUUUGUGAGGUAAUAGAAUGAUCCGCGAGAAAGAGGGAGCGAGGAAUGUGAAUAGGAAGCAAAAAAAAAAAAAAAAACAAAAAGAAGAAGAAGAAGAGAAUACGUGAACAAAAGAAAAUGUGGACAAACAAAAUAUGAAUAUAAAACACUUGUCGAAUUUGAUUGAUCUAUCGUACUCAGCACAGUACGAGGCACAUUUGUAUUAUAUAAAAAUAUAUAUAUAUAUAUAUAUAUAUAUAGUAUAUAUAUUGUAUCACCUAUGUUUUUGUAUUUGAUCAUCUAAUGAAAGGCGAAAGAAAAGGUUCUACAGAAAAGAAAAAAAAAAAAAAAAGAAUAUUGAAUUAACGAACAGAAGGUUAAUAGAAAGUAUAUUAUAUAUUUGAGUAAAAUCGCCGAGAAUUGGUAUUAUCCACGGCUGGCCAGGAAAGGGGAGAGAAAUGAAAUCUUUUUUUUCGUUUCGCAUAUACACAUAUAUACAUAUUCGUUUAAGUUUUCUUCUAUUCGCUCUUUUUCUUUGGUCUUUCUAUAUACAUAUAUAUAUAUGUUUGUUUCUCUGUAUUAGGCACGUGCACAUACACAUGUAUACACAGAUAACACAUGCUCAGGUAACGCGAGGGUUGAGGGAGGUUAAUUAAUUAAUUAAUUAAUUAAUAUCAGCAGUCUACUUUGAACAGAGAAGAAUAGAAUGUGGACAGUCCUGGAUAAAACCAACGCUCUUUUUACUCAUAACUUAUUAUGUACAUCGUCUGAAGAAAAACCGGUACGUUCGCAAAGAAAAAAUAAACAUAAGUAUAUAUCAA